UUAUAAUUCUCAUCAUUCCGUACUUAUAUAUAUAUGUUGCUCCAAACCAAACUUACAACGUGUCAAAAACACACACAAAACACACCAAAUGGACUGGACUAGAGGCCACACCAUAGGCCAGGGAGCCUCCGCCACCGUGUCGACCGCUGUCUGCCGCCGGAACGGCGAUACCUUCGCGGUGAAAUCAGCCGAGCUAUCGCAGUCAAAGUCUUUACGGAGUGAGCAGAGAAUUCUUUCGUCUUUGAAUUCCCCUCAUAUUAUUGGUUACAAGGGGUGCGGCGUUAGCGUAGAGAAUGGCAAGGCUCUGUUCAAUCUUAUGAUUGAGUAUGCGCCCGACGGCACGCUUGUUGAUGAAAUUCGCCGGCAGGGUGGCCGCUUAGACGAAUCAACAAUCGGUUACUACACGAGUCGUGUACUAAAGGGACUAGAGUACUUGCACUCAAGGGGAAUAGUGCAUUGCGAUGUUAAAGGGAGCAACAUACUAUUGAGCCAAGAAGAUGUCAAGAUCGCUGAUUUUGGCUGUGCCAAGGCAGCCGACGAGGCAUCCAUCGGUGGCACGCCGAUGUUCAUGGCGCCGGAAGUCGCACGUGGAGAGGAGCAAAGCUUCCCGGCUGACAUCUGGGCUCUGGGCUGCACGAUAAUUGAGAUGUCCACCGGGAAGUCCCCGUGGCCUAACGAACCGUCCACACUUCACCGGAUUGCAUUUUCGGGCGAGACGCCUAGGAUUCCAACGUUCUUGUCCGAUAUAGCAAGGGAUUUCUUGAGCAAGUGUUUGAGGGUUGAUCCAAGAGAGAGAUGGACAGCUAAACAGCUCCUCGGACAUCGUUUUCUCCAGGAAUUUCAAUCUUCCCAUGUGAAAAUGAUCAUGAACAGCACAGGCUCGCCGACGAGUAUUCUUGAUCAGGGGAUUUGGAGCUCAAUUGAGGAAGAAUUUUCACAAGGUAUAAAUGAGGUGAGGCAUCAAGAUUUGUUGGAUUGUGCAGCGCAGAGGGUGAAGGAGUUGUCGAUGAAUUCAGGGAGGGAGAGAUGGGAAUGGGGAGAGAGGUGGAUAACAGUGAGAGAGAGUGAAAAUAUUAGUGUAAUUAGUAUUGACAGUAGGUGUAAAUUUAGAGAACAGAGUGUUGUACUUAGUGAGAAUUCUAGUUUGAGGAGAUGUACAGAGGAGUUGGUAUCAGAUCUGUUUCAAUUUUUAUAAAAUUCCCCUCUUUCUUUUACA